CCAUGGAGGUAUUAUAGUGAACUGGAGAAACAACACUGAAAACCCCCCGUUGUUUAAUACUGAUAAGGCAAUUACUACAAAGAGAUCCGACGCGAUUUACCAAGAUGUUACGGUCUAUUGAUGUCCGAUCAUUCCGACCGCCGAGCAUGCGCAGAACUAGAUUUGUUGGGGGCGUCGGUAGGACCUGGUAUUGGGGAAAAAGCCAGAGGAAAACUGUAAUUUUGUUUAGAGCAUGCGCAGUAUGUCUGUUGAAGUAUUUUUGAGUAAAGAAAGUUACCAUAUCGAGCGCAAUUUAUUGUUGAAAAGGCCAUUGAAAACCGCAUUUAAAUCAGCUUAUCCAAACAGUUUCUAUCAACGAUCAAAGUAAAGAAAUAAUGCUAUGCUGAAAUGUCUCACUGGGAAAACUUGAACUCUCUUUGCCGUGUUUGUGGGAACAAACUUGGUGUUCAGUACAAGAAGAAAGAACAUAAUGCAAGACAACUUACAGCAGCUCUGAACAUUAACUUACAAAAUGAUGUUGAUGGAAUUCAUCCACAAUUUGUUUGCCAUGCUUGCCAUAGAAGAUUGGAGUGGUGGCAAAAACGGAAGAAUAAACAGAAAAUCACUACACCUUUAAAUAUCACUGUGCCAAUUUUUGAGGCACAUGAUGACAGCAGCUGUAAGAUUUGUUGUAGUGACACGAUAGUGAAAUUUGAACCAUCUGGACCAACUUUGUCCGAAAUUGCAAGGAGUGCAUGUUCAAAACAUAACUUUAUGUUUGCUGAAAGAAAUGAGAUGAUGUACUGCAUGGAAAUUGAAUUUGAAACUAGAAAUGUAAUCAAAUCACUGGCUAUAAAACCAAAUGGUGAGUGGACCCUGCAUGUCCUUAAUCACAAAAUACAGGCAAAUAGAUUUCAAGGCUAUGAAAGAAUCACUGACAAUAUUAACAAGUUUUUGGAAACACUCCAAAAGUUUUGUAUUUGCAUUGGAAAUUCAGAUUUUAUGGAUGUUAUUAAAUGUGGAGAGACUAUAUUGAAAUCACGAAGUGGAGACACUGUUGCAAUUGUUGAGCCAACGACUAUUAGACAUGUUCAGUGCAACAUAUUAUCAGAGGAGGAGCGUUGCUGUGUGUGUAACAUAUACCGUCCCACUCUUUUUUCAAGGAGAGAUACAACAAAGAAAGAGAACAUGGCAUGUACACCUACAUCAUCACACAAAAGAAAUGAUCAACGGUCCAGAGAGGAGAUUGAAGAGAAGCUUGAAUUUGUUGUCCGUGAAAAGCAGAUCCUGAAGAGGAAGAAUCACAUACUUCAAGACAAGAUUGCUUCUAUGUUUCAAAAGAAAAGCAGAAAGCUCCAUAAUGCAGGAGACAACAACUUGAUUAAGUCAUUAAUUGAAAAUGAAGAAAAGUACACCAUCCACCUUCCUGAAGGAACUCCUCAGCGGUUGCUGUGGGAAGAACAAAUGAAAGCAGCAAAGGCAAAAUCUAAAACAGCUGUAAAGUGGCAUCCAGCAAUUAUUAGGUUUUGUAUAGCUGUGUACCACAAGUCUUCAGCAGCAUACGACACAAUCCGCAAAUCUGGGUUUUUGAACCUUCCUCAUCAAAACACAAUAAAGAGGUAAAUAUUAUUAUUAUAUGCUAUU